GUCUACGGCUAGCCAGCUAUUUUGUACCAUGCAUCGGUGGCAACGAAUAGUCGACGACAUAAACUACUUUCUCCGCGUCCAAGUAAGCCAUGGCAGAAGAUAUGGUGCCAAUAAAACAACCGACGAUUAAGUAUACACAGAUAUUUUACAACAAUGAAUUUCAUGAUUCCAUAAGUGGGAAAACUUUUUCUACCAUCAAUCCUUCAACGGAGGAAAAGAUAACUGAUGUACAGGAGGGUGACAAGGCUGAUGUUGAUGCUGCUGUCAGGGAUGCUCGGCUUGCCUUUAAGCGCGGAUCACCAUGGCGCACAAUGGACGCAUCUCAACGAGGAAACAUCAUCAUGAAAUAUGCCGAUCUUUUGGAAAGGGAUAUUCAGUACUUGGCUAGCCUUGAGACCCUGGACAGUGGCAAGCCUUUCAAGGACUGUGUUGAAGACGUCAGGGGAUCCGCAGGCUUGUUCCGGUACUAUGCAGGCUGGUGUGAUAAGAUUUGUGGCAAGACCAUUCCUGUCGAUGGGGACUUCUUCUCCUAUACACGCCAUGAGCCCAUUGGAGUGUGCGCUCAAAUAAUUCCUUGGAACUACCCGAUCAUGAUGCUCGCAUGGAAACUCGGCCCGGCACUAGCCUGUGGCAAUACAAUCAUCUUGAAACCUGCCGAACAGACGCCAUUGACUGCUCUCUACUGUGCUUCCCUUUGUAAGGAGGCAGGGUUUCCUGCUGGAGUGGUGAAUGUCGUUCCCGGUUACGGACCGACAGCAGGUGCUGCACUGGCUGAACACAUGGACGUCGACAAAAUUGCAUUCACUGGCUCUAUCGAGGUAGGAAAGCUAAUUCAGCAGGCUUCUGGGAGGUCAAACUUGAAGCGAGUCACCUUAGAAUUGGGAGGCAAAAGCCCCAACAUCAUCUUUGCUGAUGCUGACAUGAGCAACGCCGUCGAGUGGGCGCACUCGGGCAUCUUUGUCAACAUGGGGCAGAACUGCUGCGCGGGAAGUCGCGUCUUUGUGCAGGAGGGCGCGUACGAUGAGUUUGUGCGGCGCAGCAAGGAGAAGGCUGAGGCAAGAGUCGUCGGCGAUCCGUGGAAUCCAGCGAGCGACAAUGGGCCGCAGAUCAGUCGAGAGCAGUUUGAUCGUGUCAUGGGUUUCAUUGACAGUGGAAAGAAAGAGGGAGCCACAUUAGUUUGUGGAGGCAAACGUGUAGGAAACAAAGGGUACUUCAUCAGUUCAACAAUUUUUGGAGAUGUAAAGGACGAUAUGAAAAUAGCACGUGAAGAGAUCUUCGGACCUGUGAUGCAAGUGUUGAAGUUCAAGGAUGCGGAGGAGGUUCUGGAACGAGCGAACCGCACCGCUUACGGACUUGCCGGCGCUGUCUUUACGAAGGACGUUAACAAGGCUUUCAUGAUCGCCAACGGUCUCGAGGCUGGAUCCGUGUGGGUGAAUUGCUACGAUGUGGUCACUUCCCAAGUUCCGUUCGGAGGCUUCAAAAUGUCUGGCCACGGCAGAGAACUGGGCGAGUAUGGCUUGCAGGAAUACACAGAGGUGAAAGCUGUGACUAUCAAGCUUGAUGCUAAGAACUCGUAAUUGAGUUAUUCUGCAUGAUGGCUGCUGAUGCUGCUGCUGCAUACACCUCGAUCGAAAAUUGAUGAUAAUUAAAAUCUACUGAAAACAUUGUUGGUAUUGUUACCAUGAAGUUGCUCAAUCUGAUUGUGAAUGAUAUAUUUACGAAAUGACUGCAAAAUCUGUGAUUGCUAACCUAAGCAAUAAUGUAAACUUUGUUCAAACAUAUUAAGACCUUGGGCGUGAUUAGGAAAUAUUGCGUUUGUUUUCCCCAUAGCAGUUUCAGCUUGAAUUUUAAAAUUGUCUACUAAAAUUCGUACACACUGAGACAUUAAUUGAGAGGCGUGCAGAUACAUAAACAUGUUAAAAUCGUGUGGAUUCUAUGGAGAUUCUAUGGAAUAAUAUCAUUUAAGGAUCAGACCAUGGUAUGCACUUAUACAGAUGGUCAACAGACAUGGACUUGCACAAGGCACAUGGAUAAGAGUAGUUCAUGUUAACAAUGAUAACGCCUAGAAUAGAUGAAGAUGGUCUAGAAAUAGUUAACAGAUUAGUGAUGAUCAUGGACAGUCUAUAGUAAGAAUUUUUUUUAAUAUUCCGGAGCUUGGCUGCAGCUCGACCUCAAUGUGCGCGUGUGAGUUUAUUUACUACAACUGCGGUACAAGCAUUUAGGGAAAGUAGAGUUAGAAGUUUCAUUACAGAUUUUCUGUAAUUUUCAAGACUGUAAUUUUUGUCCAAGCCUUGUAAAAAUGUGGCAUUCUCACUUCAUAGUGGGAAUGCCACGAGUCACAGGGUUUAAAUUAAUACGUGCUGGUAACGAUAACGGCUGACAUAGAGGAUACUCUCGAUAGAGUUAAUAGAUUAUCUAGGCACAGUGUCUUGUACAACGAAAAAUAAUUGACAAUAAGCAAUGGAACCUGGGUAUAAGCACCGGGAAUACGGACUCUAUUGGACCCCAUCAGUAGCACCUGGAAUCGAUGUAGAUACUUUAAAUAUUGUUACUCCAGUAUUAUCCAGUAAAAUCCAGAAGAAAAACAAGAAGAUCCAACGUGGUGGUGUAGGCAUAAUGCGGUGUGACUGUCGAGUUUUUUUGUCGUGUCUACUGGGUGUGUGUGGGGGGGGGAUACUAGGCGUGAUACUAGUUUGUGAGAUGAUUUGCUCGUCCCACGUCUGUUCUGGAGUUUUCUCGUCACGGUGCGUGUUCUACGUUACAUUCUCCGAGCUGCUUAAUAACCUACAGCUUUCUUAGGAAAUCCUGUGAAAUCUGUAUUCUGAAUUGUGAUUGUGGUAUGUUUGUACGACACUGACUGACACAGUGUUACCAGAUAUUGUUAACAUCUUAUGGCUAGUCUCUUGACUCUAUACGUAUAUAGUUAUCUAAUAUAAGUGAAAUUUGAUACACUGAA